UAAUUUUUUUUCUCAGAAAUUAAAUUAUGACUGAUUUAUGACUAUUUGCCUACUGUAUAAGAUACAGUAGCUAAAAAGAAACACUUUUGAUAUAUCACAGUAUCAGAAAAGCACCCUAUUACAGUAUUACAUUAGCAUGGCUGACAAUGUCACAACUACAAGUUAUGGGAAUGCAAGUACAAUUGCAAGUACAGUGUUAGCAACAACACAACCCACAACUUCUGUAAAUACAACAAUUCAGGAAACUACUUUGAACUCUACAGCUGGAACUACAACAAUAUAUUUUUCAUCGACUACUCAAGGCCGGAAUGAAACAAAUUCAAAUGAGAGUGCAUGUUUGCGUGUGUUGUAUGAAGAUAUUGGCGCAUCGAGAGUCCGAAUAUGGGAUGUAGCAUUAUUUUUGCCAAAUCUUCUAUUUCUUAUGUUUUUGUUAUAUCGAUUCUACAAAUCGAGGGGUCGUUUGCAUCGAAGUUUAGGAGGAUCAAGCCCCAUAUUUACCACAUAUUUUUGUCUUGUGAUCAUGACUGCAAUAUUGAGUGUUAUUAGAUGUAUUGUAUCCAUGACAGUAGAUGUUUCAUCCGUAGCUGGUUCAGAUGCCAAUAAGCUGCUCUGGGUGACGCUACGAUUUUUCCUGUUAAUGGCAGAGAUGAGUGUGCUUGUAUUUGGACUUGCAUGUGGCCACCUGGACAGCAAAUCAAGUAUUAGAAGAGUUUUGUUAAUCACAACUUUUCUCGCUUUGAUUUACUCAACUGCGCAAGGUGUGCUUGAAAUGAUGUAUCCUGAUCCACAUUACAUAGUACAGGAAGAGUCUUGGACUGUAUAUGGUCAUGGCGGUGCCUUAUUUAGCUUUAUUACUUCUGUUAUCUUCUUUUUGGUAUAUACACUUGUUGAUCUCUUGCCUUUAUGUGAUUGUGUGAAGAACUUUUUGACUAUUCCAACAAAAAAGACGUUUUAUGUAUAUGUGAGUUUCAUGGCACUUCUUUACUUUUGCUUUGCUCUUGGAAGUGGACUUCUGUAUAAUGGGCAUUCAGCUGGACUUUGUAUUCUGGACGCAACAUCUCUUAUAUAUUUCAUUCUAUUUGCACCAUUUUUAUACGUAACCUUCCUACAUUCGUACCUUCGGAGCAUAAAACAGAACAGUGUGUUAUUCUCGUAUUCGGCCCAGGUUGAUGAAGGAUUGGAAGAUAUUCCAGACAAUGCAGUUCAUGGAGGAAGACCUGGCUCAGACUUCAACGGUGUGCUUGUGUUCGAUCGGAUACCAGCCUCAAAUUACAGCAAUGAAAAGAAUGGGAUGGAGGAACCACUACAUGACCUUGCUGGAGAAAAACUGCGCCAUGAUAGUGAAGUUGGCGACAGUUCAACAGUAAACUUUUUCAAGGAUAUUGAUCUUGGGGACAAUGAUGAUGAACUAAAUUUUCGAUGAAAAUAAGUUACCCGAAUACAUAAAAUGCCAAAAGAGAUUUACAUGGUACAGGUGGUUUUGCAGUUCACAUAGCAUUAUAAAAUGUAUCAUAAUUAUUAACUGAGAUUUAUUAUAGAGUAGGUUAGUACAAACUCUGUGGCAGUUGGUAUAUUCAACUGGCUGGCAUUCUUGAAAAACUGGCCAAUGAAAGAUAAUAUAUAACUACUUUACAUUUAAAAAUGUGUGAAUGAUCAUUUUAGUACCGGUAUCCAAAGUCUUCAUUGCUUUAGAUGUUUACAUUCUCUUAUACAGGGUAUAUUGUGCCUAAUUCAAUGUUACCUGUACUGUUUAAAUACUCCCUCCACUAGAACUUCCAAAAAUAUGGGCAUUGGUGAAUAGUAUUGUUGUGCAAUUGUACUCAUGACGACUAUAUUUCUCAAUAGCACUGUAUAUGCUUUCCUCUAAAUAAAUAUAUAUAUACAUUU